GCUAAUCCAAAGAUGGAAAUGGCUUUCAUCCCUGUAGUUUUCAAUCUUUCUUCUGUAUGAUCAGUCAAUCCAAUACUCCCUCUUUAUGGGAAACUGAAGCGUAAAAGCAAAAAGAAGAACAUGUAAACCAAAACACAGAUUCUCAGAUUAUUCAAUUCUGCCUCCUUCCACUUGCAAAAGAAAAAACAGUGCUCUAAUGGAGGACAAAAGAGCUCAUAUCAUUGCUGCUUCAAUAAUUAUCAUCCUCAUCAUCGUCAUUGUCAUUUCUCGCGUCUCCCUUAAGCUUUCCAAUGCUUUCUACUUAAUUACAGGUGCCGAUGUUGCAGUGAUUCUUGCCAUCUUCGCUUGCUUGAUAAUACGGCGUCGUUAUAAUCGGAGAAGCAAACUGUUGGUGACGCAAUUAGUUUCAGAAGGAAGAGAGCUUCGCAUUGAGUACAGUUUUCUUCGAAAAGUUGCAGGACUUCCUAUUAGGUUUCGAAUCAAAGAGCUAGAAGAAGCCACCGACAAUUUCCGUUCAUUGUUAGGGCAAGGAGCUUCUGCUUCGGUUUUCAAAGGAAUUUUAAGCGACGGAACUGCAGUUGCUGUUAAGCGACUCGAGAAAGAAGAGCGUGGAGAUAAGGAAUUUCGAUCUGAAGUUGCAGCAAUUGCUAGUGUCCAACAUGUGAAUCUGGUACGUUUAAUUGGAUAUUGUAUUGUACAAGGAGGACCUAGAUUUCUCGUUUAUGAUUUUAUCCCAAAUGGAUCUUUAGAUUAUUGGAUUUUCCCCAAAAAAGGAAAUCGAAAUCUUCCUGGAGGUUGUCUGUCUUGGGAAUUAAGGUAUAGAGUCGCCAUUGAUGUGGCUAAAGCACUUUCUUAUCUACAUCAUGAUUGUAGAUCAAGAGUAUUGCAUCUUGAUGUAAAACCAGAGAAUAUUCUUCUUGAUGAGAAUUAUAGGGCAAUUGUUGCAGAUUUUGGUCUUUCAAAAUUAAUGGGAAAAGAUGAGAGUAGAGUAAUUACUAACAUUCGCGGUACUAGAGGUUAUUUAGCUCCUGAAUGGUUGUUAGAAAACGGUGUUUCAGAGAAAUCUGAUGUUUAUAGUUAUGGAAUGGUUCUUUUAGAACUGGUUGGAGGGCAAAGAAGUGUUUCCUUUAUACAAAAAGGGAAUGACAGGUCUCAAAGGUCAUGGCAAUACUUCCCUAAAAUUGUAAAUCAGAAAAUGAAAGAAGGGAAGUUAAUGGAAGUUGUUGAUCAAAGAAUAGUAGAAAAUGGAGAUUUUGAUGAAAGAGAGAUUAAGAGACUGGUUAAUUUAGCUUUCUGGUGUAUACAAGAGAAGGCUAGGCGUAGGCCUACAAUGGCUCAUGUUGUGGAAAUGCUUGAGGGCAGAGUUGCUAUAGAGGAACCACCUGAUACUCAAAUGGUUGUUGUUGAUUUAUUGUCAAUUGAUGGGGAUACAGUAGAUGGUCAUAAAAGAGCAGCCAUUGCUGCAUUUGCUGCAGAACCAGUAGAUAGUGCCAAUCCUGCUCCUACCACAUCUUAUUCAUAUACCAUGUCCAUUAUCUCUCCAAGGUAGCUUCUUCUAGCUUUAGUUAAGGUAUCUUCAUUUCUAAUUUUACAUCUUGGCUAAUGUUUGUGCAUACAAAAAAAGCACUAAUGGAAAAGGAAAGAGGUUCAAAUUCAAUAUUUUUUUUUCUUUUUUCUUUUCUAGCAAAUUGCACACAAGUUCUUUUUAGUUAAUGGUUCCAAGAACCAAUAAUUUUUUUUAUUGAUGUUUUGCUUCUUCA